AUGGACAAAGUACUUAUUGAUGCUCUUAAACAAAAGAAAUUAGAAUUAAAAACUGCUUUAGAAGAUCUCACUAGAAAAGAGUUCAAAUAUGCUGUGGGGAAUUAUCAAAACUCACUUCCUCAGCAAGGUCGUUGCAUAAUUUGCACAUUGAAAAUUCCUUGUUCUCAUUAUUCUUCAAUCGAAGAUAUGCAAGAGCCAAUGGUCUCCCUACCAAAGCAUCCUUUAAAUCAUCUUUUGGAAGAUAUAAAUAUUGAUCAUAUGAAUUGCACACUCCCAUCAAUUAAUAAUCAGCCAAAAGAUUUUACAGUCAGGUUUAAAGGGAAUUCUUCUAGAUUUUCUCAAACAUCUUCGUCUCUAAGACGCAGCUCCCUCCCUGAUAAAAAUAAGCUUAUAACUCUUGAAAAAAUUGAAAUUUAUAAAGAAGAAAAAGCUAAGAAAAAGUUAGAAAAAUUACAAAAAAUCAAAGAUAAUGAAGAAAUGAAAAAAAUAGAGAAUGAGCUCUCUGAGUUGAAAAGGCUUAAACAGCACAAAGCACAAAAAAAUAAAUUAGAGAAAUAUAAAGAAGUUGUGAAACAAAAGUAUGAACAAGCGAAGAUUGAGCAAGAGGAGCAAGCUGCAUGAAUAAGAAAAGAAGAAGAAAAAAGAAAAAUAUAUAUGGAAAUUCAGAAAAAGAAAAUUGCUGAGUUUCAUGAAAAGAAAAAAAUUCUAGAUAGCAUCAAUAAACAAAGAUUUGCUGACCUUCAAGAAGAUAUAAUCCAAAGAGGAAGAAUGAAGAAAUAA